UCUAAUGCUACGCCCCUGCAAUUUCAGAUCGAAGUACAUAAUGGUACUAAAAGUACGUCUACGAACUCUACAUGGAUUGGAAAUUUAUCUGCAAAUGAUCUACGGUUUGGCACCAAUAACACAACAUAUAUGACUUUGCUUUCCAAUGGCCGACUUGGAGUAGAGACUACCUCGCCUGGCGGGUAUAUGGAAGUAAAUGGUUCUGUUUCACAAACGAUUGAUGCUGCUGGUCUAGGAUAUGGCGCUCUGACCAAAUCACAAACAACAUUUACUAUCGGUCCACUGGCUAGCAUAGUUGUAAGCAUCAAAUCUGCUAACUCGAUGCUAGUAUCUGCCGGGAGCUACAUCACUACGUCAGAUCGGCGUUUGAAGACCAAUAGUCGAUACCGCUGA